UGUCCGCCAUCUGCCCAUGCAUAUUUUAUUUUCAAACGAAAAAAUGAUUUUUGUGUCGGAAAGAAUGAGGUCAAUUGGGUUUUGAAUGUUUUUUUAAAAUUUUCCAUUCCGUGCUCACUGCAUGGUGCUUGGUCUCUUGUCGAGACGUUGCAUGUUUGUACGUUUGGGGUUGCAGUCUGGCCCUCUAGCCGCGACUGCGAAUUAACUUCAUCUCUCAGCAUUGCUUUGCUCUGAAAUCAUGUUUAAUUUAUAAAGAUGACGGCGAGGGGGACAUUAUAAACUAAAUGACUGUCAGAAAUAUCGCCUCCAUUUGUAAUAUGGGCACCAAUGCCUCUGCUCUGGAGAAAGACAUUGGUCCAGAGCAGUUCCCAAUCAAUGAACACUACUUUGGAUUGGUCAACUUUGGAAACACGUGUUACUGUAACUCGGUGCUGCAAGCCCUCUACUUCUGUCGGCCUUUCCGGGAGAAUGUUCUGGCUUACAAGGCCCAGCAGAAGAAGAAGGAGAACCUACUCACGUGCCUGGCUGACCUCUUCCACAGCAUUGCUACGCAGAAAAAGAAAGUGGGCGUCAUCCCGCCCAAGAAGUUCAUCUCCCGUCUACGCAAAGAGAAUGACCUGUUUGAUAACUACAUGCAGCAGGAUGCCCAUGAAUUCCUCAACUACCUGCUGAACACAGUGGCUGACAUCCUACAGGAGGAGAAGAAGCAGGAAAAGCAGAACGGACGCCUCAAGAACAACGGCACCGCCGUCACCACAGAGACUGAGACCGAGAACAAGACAGAGCCCACCUGGGUGCAUGACAUUUUCCAAGGCACGCUGACCAAUGAGACGCGCUGCCUCAACUGUGAGACGGUGAGCAGCAAGGAUGAGGAUUUUCUAGAUCUUUCCGUGGAUGUGGAGCAGAAUACAUCAAUAACACACUGUCUCAGGGAUUUCAGUAACACUGAGACUUUGUGCAGCGAAUACAAAUACUACUGUGAGACAUGCUGUAGCAAGCAAGAGGCACAGAAACGGAUGCGUGUAAAGAAGCUGCCCAUGAUCCUCGCCCUGCAUCUGAAGAGGUUUAAGUACAUGGAGCAGUUACACCGGUAUACCAAGUUGUCCUAUCGCGUGGUCUUCCCCUUGGAGCUCCGCCUCUUCAACACAUCCGGCGACGCCGUCAAUCUGGAUCGCAUGUAUGAUUUAGUUGCUGUUGUUGUCCACUGUGGCAGUGGCCCGAACAGAGGCCAUUACAUCACCAUAGUGAAGAGUCAUGGCUUCUGGCUGCUCUUUGAUGAUGACAUUGUAGAGAAAAUUGAUGCCCAGGCCAUUGAGGAGUUCUAUGGGCUUACAUCAGACAUCUCUAAGAACUCUGAGUCUGGAUACAUCCUCUUCUACCAGUCCAGGGAGUGACUAGACCUGGAUCAGUAAUGCAGGAG